GGGAUUUCCGCAUCGAAGAAACACAACUACACAUGCUGCUACACUUCAUUCACAAUUUUACUGCAUUUUGUGGGUUUGUGUGUAGUUUUCGUGUUUCUUAAACGAAAGUGGUCACAUUUGAAGGUAAUGCUGUGAGCUUUCUCUCUCUCUCUGCUGCCAUGAGUGCUCUGUUUGCCUGUGAGGAUCCAUCCACAUGGAGGAGUGUGUAUAAUAAGUACUGGGAUGUAGUGAAGAUCAAAGAGGCCAGAGGCAAGAAACCUGGAAAGCUGUUGAGCCUUGACAAGUGGUACCAAGAGGAGCUGUCCGCAAUCAUUUCCAGUCGACCUGACAAACAUGUCAUUCUGUCAGAGCUGGUGAAACUGAUGGAGUGGAAGCUCACUAGAGGGAAGUUCAGGCCGCGGCUGCAGCAGCUGGUGGCUUCCAACAGCGAGGACACUGUGGAGAAAUGUUCCAGAAAGGCCUUUAGCCUCCUGCCUGAUGUGCAGGCAGCGAUCGCAGAGCUCAGUUCCCUGAAAGGAGUCGGCCCAGCCACCGCUUCAGCUGUGUUGGCAGCAGGAGCUCCAGAGCGGGCUGCAUUCAUGGCUGAUGAAGCCAUGGAGAGUGUGCCGGGAUUGAAGCCCAUCCAGUACACAGCCAAGCACUACGCUCUCUACCUGGGAAAGAUGGUGGAGCUGACGAAAACACUAAACAAAGCGGAUCCCCAGCAGGACUGGACACCCCACAGACUGGAGAUGUGUUUGUGGGCGUCGACCAUCGCCACUCAGCAGCAGCUCCCGCUUCUCAAGGAUGUGGAUGUGAAGGGCAGCAGUGUGGCGCAGAACUGCUCAGACACUGACCAGAGACCAACGAAGAAGCUCAAAACCAGAUAAAAUUACAACCACUGUGAAA